AUAUGUUCUGUUGGUAAUUGUUUCAAUGCUAGGUUGUUGAUAGUUUAGGGUAGAGUAUACGCUUAAGGGGGAAAUCGGUUUUAAAGCUUGUCUACUGUCUAAGGAUUCUUGCCAGGAACUUCUAUAUUCGUUCAUAUUUCCGAAUGAAUAACUGGCGGAUGGAUUGAACUGAGCGAUGGCUGAAGACGUGGCAGGUAAGGCAUAAGAGAAAUCCCGCAUUGGCAUGAUUCACUCGUACUGUGGUGAAAAACAGAAUGGAAAUAUGGAAAUUGUCUGAAAACGCUAUUUAAAAUGAGUGUGAAAAACGAGUCGAACUGUAAAAAACUUGAUUUCAAGAUUGGGAUUGGACUUGUUUGGAAUGAGAGACUUGGCUUCACGUGUAAAGAGGACGUUGCCUUUCGUUUCUAACUUAUUUGUAAAAGCGGCUUUCAAAAUUAAACAAAAAGCGAAAAGAAAGAGGAAAAAAAGAAUCGCCUGCCCCAGGAGGAAGAUGGAGGCGAUCGAAGAGAGCACGUUGUAUGCGUUCAAGCCCUUUGUCUAUACUUAUUAUAACAGGGCCUCAAAAAGAAAACCAGCGGCCAGGAGCGGUCACAGGAUUGUAUGCAACGAUAAUUAUCUGUAUUUAUUCGGCGGUUACAACCCCAACAUCGUCACCACCGUUUGGGGGCCGAUAUCCAUGCUUUUAAGAGAACUCUGGAGGCUGAAUCUGUCGACAGGUAACUGGGAACUGCUGCCCGUCGAAAACAUCCCGAAGUACGUCGCCUCGAGUUCGGUCAUCCUCACGGGCGAUGUCCUCCUAGUCUACGGCGGUUCGGGCGUCCCGUUCGGGGCCAAUUCCAGCAACAAGCUGUUCGUCUGCGAUCUCUCCCUGGACGUGCUAGAGUUCACGGAAGUGCUGACCGUGGGCACCAGCCCGAUACCGGGAUACGGGCAGGCUUGUUUCUUACAAGACGGUAAACUAUUCGUGUUCGGCGGGACGACCGGCUACACCUACUGGUCGGACAUCGGCUCCCUGGACAUAAGGACGAACUGCUGGGAGACGGAAUACACGUGCGUCGGCCUGGAGAACGAACCGAGAGGCAGGUACAGGCACGAACUGGGAAACCUGCACAAUAAGACCUUCGUCCUCGGCGGCGGCACGUCCGACCACUCCUUCGGCUUUACGGAAAUCAACGUGUAUUCUCACGAAGACAAAUCCUGGCUGGCGGUUCCGGCUUCCUGCGACCCCGAACAAAACGAUUAUCCACUACCGAGGAGAUACCACAGCUCUGUCCAAUCCGACGAUAAGAUAUUUAUUUUCGGAGGUAUAUAUAACAAAAGAGCUCUCCAGGACACUUGGUCUCUCGAUCUGAACACACUCCAGUGGACCUGCGUCCGUUCACUCUAUUUUCCCUAUCCCACAUUCUUCCACGACAGCUGUCUCACCCCAUCAGGCAAAGUGUACACCUUCGGCGGUGUCAGCACGAAGGAACUGGUCAACCACUCCAUCGACGGAUUGAUCACCAAGGAGCAGGUUACAGAAAGGAGCGCGGACCUCUACUCCGCCUGGAUCUGCAUACCCAGCCUCAAGGAAAUCGCGUGGGAGGCCGUCUUAUUUUACCGAUUCCACGAAAACGAACACACCAAAGCUCUCAUCCCGACACCUUUUAGAGACCGGUUAAUCGAUAAAAGAUAACUUUUAUCUUUUCUAGCCCAUUGUUAAUCGAACCUUAUUGUUGGUCGCAAUUGUAUAAUUUUAAUAUAACUAGAAUUAUUUUAUUAUCGAAAUACAAUAAUCCAUCACUUCUUAAA